AUGUCGCUUUCGACGCAUUAUCAUGCCCAUAAGCCGAAUGUGCCGAUUAUUAUGGAAGACGUGUUCGGAUGGGUGCGCGAGGGCAACGCAUUCCAAGUUCGCGUAUGGCUCGAUGAUCAUGAGCACGAUUUGAAUGUUGGUGACGAUCACGCAUUCUCGCUUCUCCACUGGGCAGCCAAAGAAGGGCACGUUUCGAUAGCAGAGAUGCUUCUUUCUCGAGGAGCGCGUGUGAACUCGACGAACAUGGGUGAUGACACUAGUCUUCAUUUGGCCGCCGCUCACGGCCACCGAACAAUUGUUGUGAAACUUCUUGCUAGAAAAGCCGAUGUGCAUGCGACCAAUGAGCACGGAAUGACAGCGCUUCAUUACGCGUGCUUCUGGGGUUACGAACAGAUUGCCGAGGAUCUGAUUCAAUACGGCGCGCUUGUAAAUGUAUGUAAUAAACGCGGACAAACUCCAUUGGAUGUGUGCCAGCCGCAGUGCAAAAAUAUUAUUAUUGAAAUUGCGCAGGAGAAUGGCCAGAAUCCGAACGAGCGCAUUCCAUUUAAGGACACGACUUGGAAAGGGACAAAAUCGCGCACAAGAGAUGCAACUCUUUCAAGAUACACUGGUGUUGAUGUCUCGUCUCUUAAUUUGAUCACAAAAAUCGCUGAAUCGCAUUCCGGCGAAUUGUGGCGCGGAAAAUGGCAAGGAAGUGACAUCGUCGCACGAAUUCUCAACGUUCAAGAUGUGACGCCAAGAAUUUCGCGAGAUUUCCAAACAGAGUUUCCAGCUUUGAGAAUAUUCGCGCAUCCGAAUAUCUGCGCUGUGCUCGCCGCCGCCAAUCAGCCGCCGAAUCUUGUCGUCAUCUCGCAAUACAUGCCGUUCGGCAGUCUCUACAAUGUCCUUCAUGAGCAGAGCUCCGUUGUCAUUGAUCACAGCCAAGCGAUUCGAUUCGCUCUUGAUGUCGCCCGAGGAAUGUCUUAUUUGCAUAGUUUGGAUCCAAUGGUCCUCAGGUAUUACUUGUCGUCCAAGCAUGUUGUCGUUGAUGAAGAGCUCACCGCAAAGAUCUCGAUGGCUGACACGAAGUUCUCGUUCCAGGAGGUCGGAAGAAUCUAUUCGCCCGCUUGGAUGAGUCCAGAAGCACUGUCGCGAGCGCCGGAAGACUUGAACAUUCGUGCCGCUGACAUGUGGUCGUUUGCAAUUUUAUUAUGGGAGUUGAACACACGCGAAGUGCCAUUCGCCGAUUUGCCACCAAUGGAAUGCGGAAUGAAGAUUGCUCUCGAAGGCCUUCGCGUCCAGAUUCCGCCAGGGAUUGCGCGCAACAUGGCGCGUCUUUUGAAUAUUUGCAUGAACGAAGAUCCCGGCCGACGGCCAAACUUUGAUCAAAUCAUCCCAAUCCUUGAGAAAAUGUCGUUAUAG